AUGGCAAUAACUAGAAGCAGAAACGGAGCUCGGGAGGAAUCAUCUGGCAGCGGCGGCACUAAUACGAACACCGAUAACACGUCCGCUACCGCUGGGACGUCCGCGACGGACGGCACGUCCGCGACGGACGGCACUACCGCGACGGACGGCACUACCGCCACGUCCGACACCGACGCCACGGGCACCACGACUGGCACGGGAACCACGGCGGACACAGAAGCAACGACGGAAUCAGGAGCAACCACGGAGGGUACAAGCGCGGCCCAAGAAGAGGUCACGCCCGAGGAUGCCGCCGUCGCCGCCACGCCCGCCGACACCUCUGGUAUCAGAGCCACGCCCGCCGCCAGCACCAUAGCCACGAUCGUCGAAAAACAGCUGAUGCCUCCACCGCUCGGCACGAAGAGGUGCGCUAAGCCCGCUCGGUCACACCGAUCCAAGGCCUCCAGCAAGAGGCUCCUCGCGGAGCUAGAGGCCAAGGAGAAGUUAGCCGAGCUGGAGCUCAAGCGCAUCGAAGCCCAAGCUACGCUGGCAAAAAUCAGAGAAGAAAGAAGAAACCUCUCCUCGUCGGGUGAAGACUCCGAACAAGAAGAGGAAGACCUCGGCCCCCAGAGAUUAGCCGAUUGGUUCGACCGCCCGAUUCAAGACGCGGUCGAACACCACGCCGCGCGCCCCCCUGCGCACCGCGCGCGGCACCACAAGCAGACAAUGGAUGUGACGUCACUCGCAGCAGCCCUGACCGACGCCCUACAAGCGAACAGAUCGAACAGGAAGUACCUGCCAGACCUGCCGUCGUUCAGUGGACAGUGCGCGGAGUGGUUACAGUUCAAAGCCGCUUACAACGAGUCGGCGCCUAGUUUCGCGAACAGUGAAAACGUCGCUCGCAUAAGAAAGAGCCUCAAAGGCGCCGCCCUAGAAGCCGUCAGUGCACUCCUCAUCAGCCAGCCGCGUCCAGACGAUAUCAUCAAGGCCCUGGAACGCCGCUACGGGAGGCCCGACGCACUACUCCUGAACGAGAUGGAGAGAAUAAAGGCCUUGCCACGACUAGCCGAGAGCCCGCGCGACCUGUGCACGUUCGCCGGACGUAUCGCCAACGCCGUGACAACGAUCGAGAUAUUGAAGAAGCCUCAGUAUCUUCACAACCCCGAGUUACUGAGGUCUAUAGUGGAAAAGUUAACGCCCAUAUUAAAAAGUAAGUGGUACGACUACGCCGCGAGUGAUGAAGACACGCCGGAACUUAAGAAGAUAGCCGACUUCCUCAACAACGAAGCCGACAAGUGCACGCCCUAUGCCCCGCCCGAGACCAUAGCGGAGCCCAAGGAAGCACGAGCCACGAAAAAGAAGCCCGAGCGUACCUGCGUAGCCGUCGCCGAAGUGAAGAAAACAAAAGAAGAAAAGUUACCCUGUCCAGUGUGUGACCAGUCCGCCCAUCAACUGCCGACGUGCCCGCAAUUCACUAAGCUGGGCACGAACGAGCGGUGGGAAAUAGCGAAGAAGCACAAUAUGUGCUAUCGGUGCCUCGUCAGCAAACAUCGCCGCUUCGUCUGCCGAGCCAAGCCCUGCGGUCAUCAAGGCUGCGCUAUGCGUCACCACAAGCUGCUUCACCACGAGAAGGCCCCGACAGACACCGUCGCCGCCUCGAACGAGCCGACGCAGCCCCGCAAGUCCGACGAGGUCGUGGCCAUAGCCGUCAAGCAAGCCGUACACGCCGCGACCCGGGCGAGCCGCGCCUACCUCAAGAUGGCGCCAGUACUACUCCGGGGGCCGCACUCGGAAGUGGCUACGUUCGCGCUCCUAGACGAAGGCAGUACAGUGACUAUCAUCGACUCUGCGAUCGCCGCCGCCCUCAACCUUGACGGGCCCACCGAACCUAUGUGGGUCCAAGGCGUGGGCGGGAACGAGAUGGCGUACGAGAAGAGCAAGAGAGUGGAUGUCCGCAUACGCAACAAACACGGAGGGGACGAGCAGCUAGUGACGAACGCGCAUACAGUCGGGCGCCUUGACUUCACCACUCAAACGAUCAGCGAGCGAGAGAUAGACGACUGUGAACAUCUGCGGGAUAUCAAGCACCUGUUGACAUAUGAAGACGCUACACCGGGAAUACUGCUCGGACAAGACAACUGGGAACUCGUUGUGUCGCGCAAGUUGAAAAAAGGACGGCGCGAUCAGCCAGUAGCAUCUAAAACGCUACUAGGUUGGGUACUACACGGUUGUCGCCACUCACAAGCGAUACCCGUAGCCCACUGCUGCGCACACCUUACGCGCAUACAGCCCGGCGGGAACAUCGAGAACGAGAUGAAGAACUUCUUUGCGCUCGAAUCACUCUCGAUCGAGCCGAGGAAGCCCCGUAGUGAUCCCGAACAGCAAGCCUUGAAAACGCUAGAAGAGAAAAGCCGACGCCUCCCAGACGGGCGCUUCGAGACCGGCCUGCUGUGGCGACAGGAAGACAUCAACAUACCUGACAACCGCGCCGACGCCCUCAAACGCCUACACACACUAGAGAAGAAGCUGGAUCGCGACGCGGACUUGAAGAAGCAGUACACCGAACGAGUUGACAACCUGCUUGUGUCCGCCUACGCCGAGCUCGCGCCGACACCGAGCAGCGGGAAAACCUGGUACCUGCCCCACUUCGCAGUGCGCAACCCGGAGAAGCCGAAGAUAAGGUUAGUCCACGACGCCGCGGCCACCUCACACGGCCGCAGCCUCAACGACAUGCUUCUCGCGGGCCCCGAUCUCCUGCAGUCGCUGCCCGGCGUUAUCAUGCGCUUCCGUCAAUACGGCGUGGCGGUAUCAGCGGACAUAAAGGAAAUGUUUAUGCAAAUAAAAAUAAGAGAAGAGGACCGCGACGCGCUGCGCUUCCUGUGGCGAGGCGAUCGACGCGAAGGCGGCCCGACAGAAUAUCGCAUGACAUCAGUCAUCUUCGGCGCCUCUUCAUCCCCCUGCACGGCGCUGUAUAUAAAGAAUAGGAACGCACGCGAGCACGCGGCCCGCCACCCAGAGGCCGCGCGGGCGAUCGAGCGAAAUCAUUAUAUGGAUGACUACCUGCAGAGCUUCCCCAGCAUAGAAGAGGCGAAGAGAGUGUCGAGCGAAGUGAACCACGUACACAUGAAAGCUCGCUUCGAGCUGCGCGGCUGGGCUACGAACGAACCCGAGGUCAUCGGCAAGAAAGAGCGAGAGGGCGUCACCGUCUCUAUCGGCGGGAGCGAGAUAGAGAAAACACUCGGCCUACUGUGGGACACGCGAGAGGAUAGCAUUCGUUUCAAACUCAAUACGAGACGAGCGCCGCCAGAAGUGAUCAAAGGUCAACGCCCCCUACGAAAAGAGGCCCUCAGUAUCAUCAUGUCAAUAUUCGACCCGCUGGGCCUCAUCUCGCCAGUGACGACGCCCGCGAAGAGGAUCAUGCAAGACACGUGGCGCUACACUACGGCCUGGGACGAAGAAAUACCAGAAGAGCUGCGUGAACGCUGGGGAAAUUGGCUGCAACAUCUGCGCGACCUAGGUGACCUAUCGAUACCUAGAUGCUACGAUACCGCGCCCGCGCCCAAGUACGAGCUACAUACCUUCGUCGAUGCGAGUGAAGAAGCCUACGCCGCCGCUGUGUACUGGCGCAUGACCCGAGCUGACGGCACAACAAAGGUCGCUCUAGCCGCCGCCAAGAGCAGAGUCACGCCCACGCGCCUCGUCUCGAUACCCAGACUUGAGCUCCAAGCGGCCGUCCUGGGCGUGCGACUCGCCGAGGCCGUCGGGAACGAGCACGACUUCGAGAUCGACAGUAGAACAUACUGGAGUGACGCGCGCACGGCCCUAGCAUGGAUACGCUCAGAACCCCGCACUUACAAGUCAUUCGUCGCGCACCGCCUGGCCGAAAUCGAAGAUUACACGAAAAAAGACGAAUGGCGAUGGGUACCGUCAGCACACAACGUGGCCGACGACGCGACACGCGCCGCGCCGAGCGACUUCGACACCCGACACAGAUGGUUCACCGGGCCGGCCUUCCUAUACGAACCGGAGGAGGCCUGGCCGCAAGAAAACAAGAUGAAAAUCGAGCCAACAGGGGAAGAAAAAGAAGUCUGCUGCUCCGUCGCGCCGCCGAGAAAAAGCCGCGCGGCCGUGCCCGCCAUCGAAAACUUCUCGAAGUGGACAAGCCUAUUACGCACGGCCGCACGGGUGCUGCAGUUCAUUGACCUCUUGCGCGAACGACAGAAAAGUCGCGCUUCACCCGCGACACAGUGCAUCGCCGCGGCGCGAAGGAAAAGGACGCGCGCAAACAAGGACGGCGACAGCACCUGGGGAAAACGAGACAAGCGCGCUCCCGUCGUACCCAAGACGGUCGAGAAUAGCCGGAGGAGAAAAUACAUAAUACUAGAAGCCAGAUACCUACUCGCGGCCGAGAAGAUACUCGUGCGAACCUCGCAGGAAGAUAGCUAUGCAAGAGAGAGAAAGCGCAUAGCCGAGGGCCUCGCGCCGAACAAGGACGACCGGCUAGCCAAGCUGAGCGUGUAUCUCGACGAAGACGACAUCAUACGACAACGCGGCAGAAUAGCGGCCGCCGACGACAUAAGCGAAGACGCCGUGCACCCCAUAGUGCUGUGUGGUAAACAUCACUACACAUAUCUAUAUGUUUCCCACGUGCACGAACGGCUACACCACGGGGGCACCGAAACCGUCGUCAACGAGCUUCGCCAACGUGUAUACAUACCGAAGAUAAGACCUGCGGUGAAAAAGGUGAUCGCGCGCUGCCCCGAGUGUCGACUACGCAAGGCGAAGCCCGCCGGCCCGCCUACAGGGGACCUACCUGCCGCCCGGCUGGGGCAUCACCUGAGGCCCUUCACAUACACGGGGCUUGACUACUUCGGCCCGCUUGAAGUGACCGUCGGCCGACACCGAGAGAAGAGAUAUGUCGCGCUGUUUACCUGUAUGACGUCAAGAGCCAUACAUCUAGAGGUGGCCGCCUCACUAACCACCGACUCGGCCAUCAACGCGCUGCGCCGGUUCAUCGCUCGCCGCGGCUGCCCCACGGAGCUGUGGAGCGACAACGGGACCGCUUUCAAGGGAGCGAACCGCGAGCUGACGGAGGCCAUGAGAGAGGCCGCCCACGCCCGCCGCAUCAACUGGCGUUUCCUACCCCCCUCCUCACCCUUCAUGGCCGGUGUGUGGGAGAGAAUGGUGAGAUCAGUAAAGGAAGCCCUGAAGACCACGCUGCACGAGCGAUGCCCGAGCGAUGAGACACUACACACCCUGAUGGCGGAGGUCGAGGCUACAGUCAACUCGCGACCCUUGACCUAUGUCGCGACCGACCCAGAGGACCCGCCCGCGCUCACUCCGAACAUGAUCCUGCUCGGGCCAGACUGCCACUCCCCAGCCCCGGGAGACUUCAAGGACAGCGAUGAGAGCGCGCGGCAACACUGGAGGCGCGCCCAAUACCUGGCCGACACCUUCUGGCGCCGAUGGGUGCGCGAGUACGCCCCUAUACUUCAACACCGGCGGGAGCCCCGCGGCGAGGGCGUCGAACCAGCCGUCGGCGACGUCGUCAUAGUGUGCGAUAACAACCUCCCACGCAACACAUGGCCGCGAGGGAGAGUGACACAGACGUAUCCAGGCAAGGACGGAGUAGUACGAGUCGUCGACGUCACCACGAGCCGCGGUCACGUCCUGCGCCGGCCCACCAAGAAGAUCGUCGUUCUACCAGUGGGAUCGCACGGCGACGGCGGGAGAAAUGUGAACGACGCAGGAGACGUCAUUUAA